UGCAAACGCGAACUACGUCCGUCGUUGUCGCCUUUUUGUCCCUUCAGGCGACUCGUCUAAAUCUUGACGUGGCAUCCUCAGUAGCGCAGCUAGCGCUUGGCAGUCUCCGCCUUUAUCGGUCCAGUGCGGCGUAAAGUCUCUUUUAUGGGGUUUAUCAUCCAUUAAUACAGCGCACCAAACAUGUUUACGCUCUCGGAACUCGUCGUGCUCCUCGGCGCGCUGUCUUACACGGCGAGCGGCUAUUUUGUGAGCAUCGAUGCUCACGCGGAGGAGUGUUUCUAUGAGCGCGUGAACUCGGGCACCAAAAUGGGCCUGAUGUUUGAGGUCGCCGAGGGAGGAUUUCUGGACAUCGACGUGGAGAUAACGGGUCCAGAUGGGAAGCAGAUCUAUAAAGGAGACCGUGAGUCCAGCGGCAAGUAUUCUGUAGCCGCCCAUAUGGACGGAAUCUACAAGUUCUGCUUCAGCAACAAGAUGUCCACCAUGACCCCUAAGAUUGUGAUGUUCACCAUUGACAUCGGCGAGGCACCCAAAGGACAGAAUAUGGAGACAGAGGCUCAUCAGAAUAAGCUGGAGGAGAUGAUCAAUGAGCUGGCGGUUGCCAUGACGGCGGUCAAACAUGAGCAGGAAUACAUGGAGGUCCGAGAGAGAAUACACCGCGCAAUCAAUGACAACACGAACAGCAGGGUGGUGCUGUGGUCCUUCUUUGAGGCUCUGGUGCUGGUGGCCAUGACCCUCGGACAGAUUUACUACCUGAAGAGAUUCUUCGAAGUGCGGAGAGUCGUAUAAAAUCCUGUCUGUGUUCCACAACAUAAACACACUGAGUUCAAGAUUGACCUGUUUUAUGAAUUGGAUGUCCAAUUCAACAGAGAUGGGAAGAACUUGGUUGUUCGCUAGUCCACCCAGUCUGUGAUUUGGUUUUUAUUUGCCCCAGUUGUAGUUCUCUUCAUCGUUUGAUUUGGUAAAGGGUGCGAUUUUGAAUCAGUUCAUUGAGUUUGUUUUAGCCUGACUUGAUUUUGAACAGUCAUCUUUAAUAUAUAUA